AUGACGGCCGAACCAAACGACAGCACAACUACUAAUACCGUACCGAAACCAACGGCAAGCGAUGCAAACACUACUUAUCAACAAGACUAUUCAUGGAAACUGCCAAUGACUCCUACACCAUCGCGUCUGAAACCAGAAAGAAAAAAGUCGGAAUAUCAAAGAGAAUUUGCCUGGCCUGCUAGCUCUCCCGCACCCUCUCCGGCGCCUGCCACUCCAGAACCACAAAAGAUAACAAACACACCCGACUCUACUGCCGCUAUAACAGAACCCACUCGAUUAAAUGCUGUGCGUGAAUUGACACAACCCAAAACUCCAGAGUUAAGAGCAUCAGAGGACAAACUUUUGAAUGCUCCCAAGCACAAUGGAUCAUUUGUAGCAGAGCCGGUAUCUCUAGUUAAUAAUGUUGCAAACAUUUCUCCACACAGAAACGAUGACAGUUGGAGUAACUCUCUACGCAAAGACAAAGCACAAGAGUUCCGAUUGGAUGACAAGACAAAGAAGAUUGUCGCGCUCGAGGCAAAUCGGCUCUCGAAGAAAUCACGCUCACAGUCAAUGUAUUCGCUUCACGAUCAAUUAAAAGUUUUGGAAGCGGCCGAUGAUUUAACAAACCCAUUGGAAUCAGAAUAUAGUCGAGAGUUUGUCAAUUGGACGGAAUAUGGCAAGUUUCCCAGAGAAGAUGGUACGUUUAAUGCUAGGUCAAAACAACCCACCCUCCGACGACGUGGGUCAUGGUCUGCACCGCUUCCUGCCCCACUCAGGUGGUUGGAUAAUCAAGAGAAGCUACAGCCGACUAUCCCUUACUCGCAAUCAAUCAGAGCACCCACUAGACAACCUCCACCGCGACCAAAGACGUCAGCUGAAUUCCGAGAUUAUUUUGAUUUUGACAAGCUCAACUAUACUUUUGAACCACGGCUCUCGAGAGCUGAUUUUGAUGAACAUUCUAUCACUAAAUCAGACAAGAAAUUCAGCAGCUCACCGUUAAGGUCAGAUGCCUUUUAUGAUCAUAGCAGAUUGCGAGAGAAAGACCUCGAUGACAGAAGGCGUGAUGGUGAUGACAUAUUAAUUGAUAAAUAUGAUGAUAGACGAGGUGACAGGUACGACGACAGGCGAACUGAUAGACUUGAUGACAGACGAACCGAAAGAUAUGAUGAUAGACGACUUGACAAAUACGAUGAUAGACGUGGUGACAAGUACGAUGAUAGACGUGAUCGUGACUACGAUGAUAGACGCCGGGAUCGUGAAUACGAUGAGACGGGCGCAUACGAAGACAGACGAGGAGACAGAUAUGACCGUCUCCAUAAUAAAGAUUAUGAUGACAGAUACGAGCACUCUCGUGAUAGAGAAUACCCUGAUAGAUACGAGCGUUCUCGCGACAAAGGAUAUGAUGACAGAUAUGAACGUCCUCGUGAAAAGGGGUAUGAUGACAGGUAUGAACGUUCCCGUGAUGACGUGAACGAUGAUAGAUAUGAACGUUCCCGCGGCGGUAGAGAUUAUGAUGACAGACGACCAGAAGCAUACGAUGCUCGUCGUCAUGAAAGAGAAUACCACGAAAGUCGUACCGAUUCUGCAUACGGCGAUCGGAGACGUGAUCGUGACUAUGAUGCUGAUAAACGAUAUGGAAAAUCUCAUGACAACAGCAGCAGUAGCGGCAGGCGCGAAGACCCUUAUGAUGACUAUCGUAGGGAUCGCGAUAGUAGGCGCGAUCGUCGUAGCGAUUUGGUAUAUGAAGACAGUCGUGGCGAUAAAGUUUAUGAUGCCCGCAGAUCAGACCUAGACUCGAGAUCGGCUAGUCAUUCCACCGUGUUACCGUUGGAUGACGACAGAUAUGGCGAUCGCACUGGUUAUUCGAGGAAUCCCCUGUCUAAGCAUUCGACUGGUGGUUCACGUGAUGAUACUGCGCAUUCAGCUUCAUAUCUCAACAACUCUCGUACACGAUCUAGUCAAAGUUCGCUCAGCUCUGUAUCGUCACCAAGCACUCCGGCAACGCCCAAUGGAUACGACACAUAUGAACCCCGAACGAAAAGAUCUUCAGAUAUUGAUAGUAGGUCUCAUAAAGAACAAUUGUAUUCAUCUACCAGUCAUAAGCAGAGGUCAUCGAAUAUAGAAGAUGAUCGAGACCGAUAUUCUAAUUACAGUAGAACAAGUCAUACCCCACUUCGCAAAGGGUUCUCCAUUGGCGAUGAUGACGAACCAGUUGAAAUACCCAGUCGUUUGUCACGUAGACAAUAUCCAGCAGACAGUCCAUCAUAUCGAGACUCAUCUACUCCAAGAGGGCGACAAACAAGGCUCUACGAAAGAUCCCCUGCAUCAUCAGCCCCACAGUCUUUUGCAUCUUCGCCAGCUAGAUCGCCCAGCCCGCCUGGAGAGUAUCGUAGAUAUCAUCAUAGUAGCAUAACGUCACCUAAUCUGUCGCCUACAUAUUCAUCUCGACCUCCAUCCCGAGCCACCAGCGUUAGUAGUCAUGCUACAUCGAUCGAAGAGGAAUCUGCUGUAUUAACAGACAUGCUACGGAUAGCUGAUUCAGCAACUCUAAGAAGUCUCACUGACCAGCUUAGUAUAUUCCGCACAUCUCGAGACGUGACAAAAAGCUCCAUUCAAGGCGCCGCUAAAGGAGCCAAAAGUACGGGAGCCAAAAGUACGACUGCCAAAUCAACGAGAUCGACUCCGGCAUCAAAAGUCAACCGCAGCAGUUUACCGGCAUCUACUACCAGAAAGGCAUCAUCAGUAAGGUCUGGCGCCGCAACUCCUCGAACAUCAAGUAGUACUGCUAGUUCGCGAAAAGCAUCAGUAGUAAAUGGAAGACCUACCAGUGCGCCAGUCAGAAAGAGCCAUAAACCUCCAUCAUCAGCGGCGUCGUCGAUCUCGUCAAUAGGGUCGUCUCGUGGUUUGGGAACUACAUCGUUUAGUGAAGCGCGCGAGGCACUAAGUAAAGCUAGGAUGAAAGUUGAAGAAAUGUUGGAGCUCGUUAGUAAUGGAAGCUACGAUGUGUAG